AUGGGGGACUACGAGGAUUUCCGGGCCAGGAAGACAUUUGUUGGUGCCUACCGUGACUCCUUUGAGUACAAUCAAGUGAACACUGAUUCCUGUGAGAGUUCUUCAGUCUCUACGCUUUUAUUUAAUGAUAUGCCGGCCUCCGUAUCGGAGCGCGAUUUGAGGUAUGCGCUCGAGGAUGAAAAAGUCAGGUUUAUUGACUUACGUUUCAUGAGGGACAAGUCAAGGUGUUUUGCUUUUGUUGACUUUGCUUCGGAUGAAGCUGACAACUUAAUUCGCAGCUGCCGGAAUGAGAUAAAAGUUCGCGGCUUCAAAGUGCUUUUUGAUUAUGCUGAUCCCAAGGACGAGGCUUUGAGAUUCGAACGUGGCCACGUUAGUGAUUCCCGUUUUUCGGGAAACGUUGAAGAGCCAACUUCCAACAUUAUGGUUCGUGGAAUACCAUCGGAUAUCGACGAACGCGAUAUAAUUGAGGAACUCAAUCGGAACAAUAUCCGCUACGCCGAUGUCCGUGUUAUUCGCGAUAGAUUAACAGGUGUGUCGAGAGGCUUCGGCUUUAUCGAAUUCGCUUCCACGCAGGAAGCCAUUCAUUGGAUGGAUGCGCAAAAAGGACUCCUGCAUGUACACCGGCAUACCAUGCGUCUCAAUUUCAGCUCCCCGCGAAAUCAGCCUGAUUCCAAUAGAAAUGAGACUAAUCAUCGCGAAUCCCGUUUUGGCAACAGUCACAAUUUCACUCCCGAGUCGCUUGCUUCGGGCGAUUGGAAGUGCUUCAGGUGCUCGAGUCACAACUUCAAGCGCCGCGAAAUCUGUUUUCGCUGUCAACAUCCGCGUUCGCAAGCUCAGCCAGACGCAAGCGCCUACACUUCAGAUGGAUCUGAUCUCGUUGGAACAACUCCGUGCAAUACUUUGAUUUUGCGUUGUUUGGAUGCAUUUACUGCGGAAUCGAGCAUCCAGGCUGCUUUCAUCGAUCAACACAAUGUCCAGAUUAAAAGGUGCUAUGUCUUGCGUGAUAGGAACACCAAUACUUCACGUUGCUUUGCUGUUGCGGAGUUACCAACCGUUGCCGAUGCUUACAAGGUAGUAGAUACAAUCAUGAAGGAACAUAAAAUUUUUGAAAUAGAAGGCAAAGCCAUCGCCAUCAAUUAUGCCAAGAAUAACUUCAACACAAUCAUGGCUACACUGAAAACGGAAGGUUCCUUGAGUGAGCAUGUACUCGCAAGUCAUUCUCAACCGAGUUCAUCGUUGCCUAACGUUAUUGGGUACACUACGUAUGCGGCGGGACAGAUCUCAGUGGCACCACCGCCUUUGUCCACCUCUGGCGUUGCAGUCGCACAAGCGGCCAUACAGAUGAAACAGACGGAAGCCCGUCUUGCCUCGAUUGUUGCCCAGUCGGUGCACCACCCUCAAGGUCUUCUGGGUUAUCCCCCUCAACAGGGCGGCUCUACUGUUCGUCCGCAGACUUACUCCAGUACUUUGGCUGGUUUUCCGGCUCCGACGACGCCGUUUAACGCCCUUACAGCUGCUAACACAGAAUAUCCGUUUCCUGAUACUACAAAGUUUCUUUACGACGAAACAAUCCGCUACUACUAUGACCCACUAACUGGUUUACUAUAUGAACCCAACACUCGCUAUUUCUUCGAUCGUGCUACUCAGCAGUAUUACCACUACGAUGCCUCACGAAGUCUUUACGUUCCUGCUUCACAAGUCGUCAAUCAGCAAAAUCAAAGUGAAGGUACCAAGAGCAUCGAGGAACCUAUCAAGAAAAAGGAAAAGAAGGAUAAGGAGAAAACUGCUCAAAAGAUUGCUAAAGAGAUGGAAAAGUGGGCUAGGCGCAUGAAUUCGCAAAAAGAGGCUCCUGUCGCGGUCCCUAGAGUUGAACAAGCCACUUCUGAAGAUUGCAAGACGGCGGACAUGGGUUAUGCUAUACUUCAAGCGGCAUCCAACGCAACCAUUUCAAGCGGUUCACCGACAACCACAGGUUUAGUAGCCCAAUAUGGCGGCGAAGACAGCGAGGAAGAUGAUGUCACUCAGUCGGAUGAAAAGGAAGUAGAAGCUCAAGUUACUGCAGAAGAGUCGAAACUCAUGGAUUGGACAAAAUUGGCUUGUCUUUUGUGUUCUCGUGGAUUCAAAGAUGUGGAGACAAUGCAGAAGCAUCGCGUUUUCUCUAACCUUCAUCUCCAAAACCUAAACAGGCUUCGUUCCAAAUUUGGUCUCAGAGAGUUAUCUGCACUGCCCGCACAGCAACAGCAGCAAUCGCAGAAGCUUGAGACGCAGACCCAUGCUGAUGCAAUUGAAUCGUUAAUGCAGUUAGGUGCUGCCGCCGCUAGUAGUCACGCAAGGGAUGUGGCAGCUAGUAGACAUCAACCUAACUCUCUUGGUGCGGACCCAUCCCUACCUUAUGGUUCUGCCUCUGGCGGGCGCUACCGAGACAGGGCAAAGGAGAGGCGGGAGAAAUUUGGCACCGCGCCACCGUCAAGACUCGAUCACCAAGAUGUUUCGAUAAAGAUCCCUUCUCCUCGCCUUGCUGUGGAUGCACCGUCUGUGCUCACCUCUGCAUCGCCCACAGCUAGUAAUGGUACUGUUGGUGGUAACGUAGGCAGUCGUCUAAUGGAGAAAAUGGGCUGGCAAGCGGGACAGGGUCUGGGAAAGUCAAAUCAAGGUCGAACGCAGCUGGUUGAGCCAGAAUUCCGCGAAGUUGGCGUUGGCCUGGGCGUCAAGGUCUCUAAGCGUCUCCCUCCUGCGGAUAACUAUAAGGAUAACGUGAAGCGUGCCAUGUAUGCUCGUUACCACGAACUUGGGUGA